UGAAUAAUUUAUUUAUUUAGGGUGUUCUUUGAAUUAUACUUCUCUGUUUUAUUGAACCUGAGGCGAUUUCAUUAGAUUUGGAAUUGUUUUCAGUGCCAUCCUAUCUAAUUCUGAAGCAGAAGAAUCCGUUUUCUUUCUGCAAGUUUUGUUUUGUGCAUACUAGGAAAGUUCCAGUAGAAGAAAAUAUUUGCUAGUUUUGAUGGUAAUGGAGAAUUUUAGGACUAAGAAUAGGUCCACCAUGAACACUAUAAACAAGUUAACAGUGAGCUCCAAUAAUGACAACAGUUUACAUAUUAAGACAUGAGGUAGAUAGAGGAGAAUCAUAAUUGGUUUUCAAUCUUUUCUUACACUUGCACUCAAAUAAUCUGUGUAGAGGAGAGAGCACUAAAUUCAAGUUGAUUCUGCAUAAUUGAUUGCUUCUUAGUGGGAUCGUAAAUGGGAUAGGGAAGCAUAAAAAGAUGUGAUGGUUAUUGCUUGAUGCUUUACUAACUAUUUACUAUAAUCUACGACCGCCGUGCAGUGCAUUCACCACUGUUGCCGGUGCUACUAUGCAGCAUAGACUUAUCUUCGUUAACUGCUAAGCUUCUAUAAUGUCGGGAAUAGAGGGAACUUUAACUUCAUGAUAGCAAAAUUAACGGAAAGCGGUAAGAUGUAGAGAAGAAAAGAUUGCAGGAGCAUGCAGAAGAACCAGGGUCGUGAUUGUUCAGGCUGUUAUACUUGUAUAGGGGCUUGUAAAUGAUUCUUUUGAAUUGAAGUUGAAACUGAAAAUCAAAGUUUAGAUUAGGGCGAUUCUUUUCUUUCUAUUUGUCGGUAGCGUUUACUUUUUUCUCCUUUGUUCUUACAACUUUAAGCUCUCAAAUGCCUACAAUUUCAAUUUAACUUGUACAAAAGCCGCCUCUAUUAUCAGUUCAAGAAGUAUGGAUUUCCCGUCCACCCUGUUUGUUCCUUCAAGAACCAUGGGUACCUAUGAACCUAUCCACCAGAUUGGCUUGUGGGGAGAAAAUUUCAAGAGUAUUGGCAGUCCAAAUAUAUCUCCAUCAGUGAUUUUCGAUGUGGCUAAUAAGCUAGAAAACGAGUCCGAGACUACUUCACAUGAAUUGCUGGCUCCUUCUAGCAAGUAUGACCAAGAAGCAAGUAAACCUUUCGAUAAGAUACAAAGACGUCUUGCACAAAACCGUGAGGCUGCUCGUAAAAGUCGUUUGCGGAAAAAGGCAUAUGUUCAACAAUUAGAAAAUAGUCGCUUAAAGUUGAUUCAGUUGGAGCAAGAGCUUGAAAGAGCAAGGCAACAGCAGUGUCUUUAUGCUGGUGGUGCAAUAGAAGUUGGUCAUCUUGGAAUUUCUGGUGCAUUAAACUCAGGGAUUACUGCAUUCGAGAUGGAAUACGAACGUUGGAUGGAAGAACAAAAUAAACAAAUAUGUGACCUCAGGAGUGCUUUGAAUGCUCAGAUAAGUGAUAUAGAGCUUCACAUUCUUGUGGAAAGUGGCAUGAGCCACUAUUUGGAACUGUUCCGUAUGAAAUCAAGCGUUGCGAAGGCUGAUGUUUUCUAUGUGAUGUCUGGUACGUGGAAAACAUCAGCAGAGCGAUUUUUCUCAUGGAUUGGAGGGUUUCGGCCUUCUGAACUUCUUAAGCACAAUCAACGCUACUUUAACCUAUGUUACUCAAACUCGGAUGUGCUAGUGCCUCAAAUAGACCCCUUGACAGACCACCAAAUUUUGGAAGUUUGUAACUUGAAACAAUCAUGUCAGCAAGCCGAAGACGCCCUUUCGCAAGGCAUGGAGAAACUCCGGGAAACUGUGUCUGCAACUUUAGCAUCGGGUCAAAUGGGUCAAGGUACUUACCUUCCUCAGGUGGCUAUGGCAAUGGAGAAGUUAGAAGCUCUCGUCAACUUUGUGAACCAGGCCGACCACCUACGGAAAGAAACACUACAGCAGAUGUCUUACAUCCUAACUACUCGACAGGCAGCUAGAGGCUUACUUGCUUUGGGAGAAUACAUCCAACGUCUUCAAGCUUUGAGUACAGUUUGGGCUAACCGUCCUCAUGGACCGGCUAAGCUUACUGUAGAAAACGUUAGAUGAUCACUGCAAGAACUGUUCUGGCAAAACAGAGACGGCGUUUUAUAAAGAUAAGUAACAUCAAUUUAUGCAGCCCACAAUUUUUUUUUUGAAGCAGCUUAUCUAGAGGUCUUAAAUGUUGAACAUAUAAAUAGUUAAUUUUACAUGGGGUAAGAUUGAGAUCAAAACGAUUUCCAGUAUGCUAUGUUGUACAUUACAUAUAAUCUUGAAAGUGUGUGUAUAUAUAAAUAUAGGUUCUACAUUUGAGUCA